AUGUCAUCAGCCUCGCCCGCUCCCUUGUCAUCGGAGCCUUCUCAUGAGCUCUUGGGGCCUGCUUCGCCUGGUUCUCCCGUUCCCGCGAAGCGCAUAUUAGAUCGCUGGAGGCAGAAGGUGUACAGCACAGCGAGUGGGAUGAAGGAUGAAUUCGACCGCUUUAUUUAUAUAAGUAAUUUGAAGUCCUCUAAUGGCCUGGUUCUGACGAUACUUCGCAGGGCUCACAGGUUGGGAUUGGACAACAAACGGCCUUACAGUGGUGGCUUGAACCGACGCAGCGAGAGAAUUUCCCCCUCUACCGUAUGGCUUUUGACAUAUUCUGCAUCCCCUCCAUGUCUACGGAAGCAGAGCGAAUCUUCUCAGGCGCAAAACGACAGGUUAGAUGGGAUAGAAGUAGGAUGUCUGCCAAAAUGGUAG